AUGCCAAUCCAAAUGGAGAAAUGUGUCUGGGUCGCAAAGCGCCCCCCUGGACGGGCAACAUUCUGCCAUUGGAAAGAGCGCCUCUGCUGGAAAAUGGGGUUGCUGCGUUCUCAGACGCGGAACCUGUUGUUCCUUGCGCUGACGUGCCUCUCGGCAACAUCGGGCGUUUUUGCGAUUCCCCAAACAACCCCACGCGGCCUACGCCAGGAGCACAACGAGGCGGUGAGCGGCCCGACACGCUUUUCCGCUAUUUUGCUAGGUGGUCGGCGAGACCGUCGGCAACCCACAGACAACGAAUAUGGAUCCAGAGCGGACACCGCAUCUACUCGACGAUUGACAGGUUUGGUAUCAAGGAUCCUGGCGUCACCACCUGAGGAACAGGACGAUGCUUUGGGGGCCUCAGCGAGAGGCGCUCGGUCGCGCCAACCCACUGGGUCGCCACCGCCUGUGCCGCUGGCACGAGCCGAGAGUUCACGAAGCGCUGUCCGUCCCGAAUUUGGAACUGGCGCCGGUUCAGUCACAUAUGAGGGCUUUGGUACAGCUCGGCCUCCUCCGCCGCAGGUGGGAGUGCGCGCGCUUUCAGGAGUGAGACCGUUGGGCGACCCUCGAGCUCGACUAUGUUCUGCAUGUAAAAACAAGCACUUGACUGCGAGAGCUGCCGCGCGGUUGUUCCUUUCUGCGGCGGCCGAAGGACAGAGGAUACGGGACCAGAUGUCCGGUCUAAUUUUCGAGGAGAACAGGGCACGGGGAAGCCACUCGGAUUCCACGGGUUCUUCAGGCGACAUAUCUUCUCGUUUACGCGAGCUGCAUGUACAGAUGCUUCGAGCUGAUACCCUGGCUCGAGUCUAUGCGAGAGAUAGACAGAUGCGUUCACACUCAUCAGCGUAUCAGGAAGCGCGCAACCAGGACAUCGAAAACAUGCAAGUGGAACGCCGUUUGCGGGCGCUCAUCCCGCGACCUGGACCCCCGCAUCCUCCCCCUGCCCCUUCGAGGGCCCAAGGUGUUUUGCGCCCGGUUCGCCCUCCCCUUCCCCAAGGCCAAGCCCGCGAACGACCUCCACGAGACCCAGGACCUCCUUACAUAGUCGCGGGCGCGCCUCCCGUGAAUCUAGGAGGACGGCCACCUCACCUACGCCCAGGCCUUCCUGCGGCGAGACAAGGCCCCCCUUUCCCAGGGCAAGGCCCCCCUUUCCCAGCGCAAGGCCCACCUCUCCCAGGGCAAGGCCCCCCUUUCCCAGCGCAAGGCCCCCCUCUCCCAGCGCAAGGCCCACAUCCUCCACGAGGGCACCCUCCGGGACCUCCACAGCCUGGACAGAACGUCUUUGGAUUGCGUCCGCCUAGGAGCCCGGGUAGCUUCAACAGGUGA